UUUCGAAACGCGUUUCGCACGCGUGUCCGUGUGUUCUGGUCCGCACCGGCCCCCGUGUAGGCCGCGCUGCCAAGCCGGAGCCGGUGGUGGAGCUGAGAUGGCGCCGACGAUGGGCCGAAGGUUCAUCCCCAUGGAAGUUAAUGAAGAGCUGGACUGCAAUGGACAGUGGUGAGGGAAACACCUAUUAAUGGCUGAGCAGGACACAAGCCUGAAAGAGCAAGAGAGUCCUCAGGAGCGAGGCAUUGUGCACAUUUGGACAGGAUAUGAUAGCUCUAGAAUACCAGAGCUGCUGCCUAAUUUUGGCAGCAAGGUUGUGUUGCAGGCUGCCCUGGGAACAGAACAUGGAUUGCUCCUGACUGAAGAUGGCAAAGUCUACAGUUUUGGGCACCUCCCAUGGAGAUCGGACUGUGAUGCCAGAGAGACAGUGGACCCCAUGCUGGAGCAGGCCUUGGUUGGUUUGCGUGUGGUUACCGUGGCGGCUGGAAGCUACCAUAGCGGGGCAGUGACCAAGGAUGGAGUAGCAUUCAUGUGGGGGGAGAACUCGUCCUGCCAGUGUGCCAUUGAGGGUCAGAGACAGGUCGCCACACCCACCAUGGUUACAAUUUCGGACCCAGAGACCAGUCCUCCCGAGCUGACACGGGUAGUGCAGCUUGCCUGCGGAGAGCUACAUACACUGGCCUUGUCAUCAAAGGGGGAGGUCUGGUCGUGGGGGAGUGGCUGCCAGUUGGGGCUCGUCGCCACAACAUUCCCCGUGGCCAAGCCUCAGAAACUGGAGCACCUGGCUGGCCGGACGGUGGUGCAGAUCGCCGCAGGUGCCCACCACUGCCUGGUGCUCGUCCAGAGACCUUCGCCCCACCAGAUGAGGCAGAGCUCCGAGAAGUGCCACCAUUGUCACCAGCUGCUGCUGACCAUGACCGACAGGGAAGAUCAUGUCAUCAUCUCUGACAGUCACUACUGCCCCUUAGGUGUGGUGCUUUCUGAGCCCGACCCCAGGCCCUCUCACCCAGACCCACAAGACCAGUCCCCUUCUCUCCCUCCAAAUCAGACUGCAGAAUCUCAUAUGGAGCUACCUCAUAUGGAGCAGCCUGAACAUUUGCCCCAUGCAGUCAAUCAGAUGGAACCAGCACAGCAUCCCAGGCAAGCAGAGCAGAGUGGUGCUCCCGAUUCACACCUGGAGCCCAAUGGGACCGUGAAUAACCUGAAACCAAGGAGCUCUCAGUUCCCAGAUGAAAAAGCCGUGCAGGACUACCUCAGAAAAUUGUCGGACAUUUCCCAGCAGGAUGACCCUGUGAAAAGCACACCCCUUCCGUGUACGCAGCACUCGUCAGAGGAGGAAGACAUUCGACCUGCCAGCCCUUCAUCUUCUUCUCCUUCCGCGUUCAAUACCCUUGUGGUCUCCUGCGCCUCUGUGGUUGGGGAGAGGGUAGCAGCCACUUACGAAGCCCUCUCUCUCAGAAAAGUUGUGAACUACUACUACCAGUCUCCCAGUCUACCAGACAGCAUUGACAGUAGCACAGCAAGUGGUGUGAGCCAGCACAAGGAGACGAGGGAGGAGCGGAUGAAAACUGAGGAAAGCAUGCCGGAUAAGAAGAGCUUCAGCCUUGGGGAUAUCCGUGAACAAGGGUCCGAUGGCAUGUGUCGUCGCUUGUCUCUGCCAGGGCUUCUAUCUCAAGUUUCACCAAGGCUUCUCAGGAAAGCAGGACAUGCCAGAAUCAAACAAGUGAGCCUAUCUCCAACGCCAGGAACCGACACCGACACAAACUUUCCUUCCUUGCAGUCCGAACUCUGGAGCUGGGGACGAGGUAAAGAGGGCCAGCUGGGUCAUGGAGAUGUACUGCCCAGGCUGCAACCGUUGUGCAUCAAAAGUCUGAACAGCAAAGAAGUAGUUCAAAUAGUUGCUGGAGCAUAUCAUUCACUGGCCUUAACUGCCAGGUCACAGGUCUAUUCAUGGGGCAGUAAUACCUUUGGACAACUAGGCCAUUCAGAAUCACCCACUGUGGUCCCUCGUCUUGCCAAGAUCCCUGAAGGCGUGUGUGUAUGGGAUGUGGCAGCGGGACACGGUCAUACGCUCUUUUUGGCUGACGGGGAAUUCUUCCAGCCCAUUGUCUACUAUAGUGGACAGGAAGUGUCACACAACACCAGGAGUACUGAGCACAAUCCGAUUCACACCAAGCAACCUGUGCUUUUGUCAGCUUGCAGUAAGUUUGGCUACAUAAACAGUCUGUUUGCUGGGGGACAGAGGUGCCUCUCUCUUGCAGACAGGAACGUAAUGGGCUAUAUUGCCAGCUGUCAUGAAUUGGCAUCAUCAGAGAGGAAAUUCCAUUGUAAGCUAAGCGAUAUGAAAAAUCGGAUUCUCCGGCCUCUCCUGGGUUUAGAUAACUUGACUUCUGCUUUGGGUUUGACACUGAGCCAGUUAUUACAAGAUGCUGCUAGCAAAUUUAGCAAACUAUGCUACCUGAUUGGGCAGCACAGCUUCACCUUAAAUAAGUUUCUUCACGGUUCUAAGGAUGUCAAGACACUGGUCAUGUUGGAACAUUCAAAGAUCUUCCUGGACACUUUCAAAGAGUUCUCCAUCUCUGUAGGGAAUUUUGUGGUGGUCGGUGGCUUUCAAGCAUUGGCCAAGCCCACAAUGGAACUCUUCAGCAAAAAUCUUCAGACCCUCCAGCGGUUGUCAGAAGUGAUGGAUGAGAACACCCCGGCUGCUGACCUCUUGCACAUUCUCUUCUACAUGCCCUCCAAUCAUUUGCAUGAAUAUGCCCGUCUGCUGCUAAAACUUGCAACUUGUUUUGAAGUGACCUCCAAGGAAUACCACAAAUUGCAGGAAGUCAGCUGCCAGUUUGAAGCUCUUGGUCUACACUUGAAGAAGAAAAGGAAGGAAGCAGAAUAUACGUACAGUUUUUGGAAGACAUUUCCAGGGAAAAUGACGGGUUUUCUGUCAAGACAUAUUCCUACUCUGAGUGAUUCACUGAGGAAACCAGAACGUCGCCUCAUCUGUGAGAGCAGUAACCGCAGCUUAACACUGCAACAUGCGGGUAGAUUCUCCAUCAACUGGUUUAUCCUCUUCAAUGAUGCACUUGUCCAUGCUCAGUUUUCAACCCACCAUAUAUUUUCCCUUCCCACGCUUUGGAUAGAACCCCAGUUUGAAGAAAUUGGCCACCCUAAUGCCCUGAAGAUAACUACACCUGAAGAACAGUUUGUUCUCACUGCAGCAUCGCCUCAGGAGAAGAUAAAGUGGUUAAGAGCAAUUAACCAAGCAGUGGAUCAGGCUCUGAUUGGUGCUUCAGAUAGCAUGGCUGCUGGAUUGGGUGGCGUCAUGCGCGUUGAGCCUCCCAUUUCUCGCACUGCCAGUUAUACCUUCUAUAAGGACCCACGGCUGAAGGAGGCAACUUAUGAAGGUCGCUGGUUGGCUGGAAAACCACAUGGCAAGGGCAUAUUGCGGUGGCCCAAUGGGAGAUCAUAUUCUGGUGAUUUCAAAAAUGGUUUAGAAGAUGGGUACGGAGAGUUGAAUGUGCCCUGCAAAGCCCUAAAGAAAAAUGACCACUAUCAGGGCCAUUGGAAAGAAGGCAAGAUGCAUGGCCAUGGGAUCUACAAAUGUGCCACAGGAGAGGUGUAUGAGGGCAGUUUUCAAGAUAACAUGCGUCAUGGGCAUGGGUUGCUCCGAAGUGGCAAACUCACAUCAUCCUUUCCCAGUAUGUUUAUUGGCCAGUGGGCACAAGACAAGAAAAUGGGCUACGGAGUAUUUGAUGAUAUCACAAGGACACCCGCCGCCACGUGUCCUGCUUCCACCAGGAGGGUGGGAUGGUCCUGGCCAUGGACGUCUCGGGUGCCGUCAUCAGUGCAGUUCCGUGACCAGCCAGCGGGAGGCACCGGAGGUGAGAAGUACAUGGGCAUGUGGUUGGAUGAUGCUCGCCAUGGCAAUGGAGUUGUGGUCACUCAGUUUGGUCUGUACUAUGAAGGCGCCUUCAGCAGUAACAAAAUGACGGGCUAUGGCAUCCUUCUCUCUGAGGAUGAUACCAGCUUUGAAGGAGAAUUCUCUGAUGACUGGAUCGUAAAUGGAAAGGGAGUUCUGACCAUGGCAAAUGGUGACUACGUUGAAGGAACAUUCAGUGGAGAGUGGGGAGCAGGGAUUAAAGUUGCCGGAACGUACUUCAAACCUAAUUUAUAUGACAACGAUGGAGAGAAAUCCCCUGUGUCGAAGCUGGGUAAACUGGCAGUCGACCCAGAGGAGAAAUGGAAGGCUGUGUUUGAUGAGUGCUGGUGCCAGCUCGGAUGUGAAUCUGUUGGGCAUGGGGAUGUACUCAGGGCCUGGGAGAACAUCGCAGUGUGUCUCACCACGAGCAAACGACAGCACAAGGACAGCCCUGAUUUCCAGAGCCGAUCUCAUGUACAAAUACUGGAGAGUCUGGAAAUUAUCCCUCAGAUUGAUGGCCCCAUCACACUGGAUAAGUACGAGGUCAUCAAGAAAUACUUAAUAAAGGCAUGUGACACUCCUCUGCAUCCACUGGGGAAUCUCCUGGAGACACUGGUGGCGGUGUAUAGAAUGACCUAUGUGGGAGUUGGUGCUAACCGCCGGUUACUUCAUCAAGCAGUCAACGAAAUCCAAUCCUACCUAAUCCGCAUCUUUCAGCUGGUCAGAUUUCUCUUUCCAGAUCUCCCAGAUGGGGGCAGUCUGAUCCCAAUAAAGGAUAAUAAGAAAGAGCUCGGCAUCGAGGAAGGGGACUCCACUGAUAAUGGGAGCCAAAUGAUCACAUGCUGUAGUCUGCUCCUUCCGGUUCUCUUACCGCGGCUCUACCCUCCACUCUUCACGCUCUAUGCUCUGGACAACGAGCAGGAAGAAGACAUUUACUGGGAGUGUGUGCUUCGACUCAACAAACAAACGGACCUGGCACUACUGGGCUUCCUUGGAGUGCAGCAGAAGUUCUGGCCCAUUACAGUUUCUGUACAGGGAGAGAAAAUAGAGAUACAAUCAACCACAAAGGAGGUUUGUUUCGCUUCUGCGGUUGAAAGUUUGCAGCAGAUCAGCACCACUUUCACUCCAGCUGACAAGAUGACUGUCAUCCAGCAAACCUUUGAGGAGAUCACCCAGGAGGUGCUGACUAAGUUGCAGGAUGACUUCCUGUGGUCCAUGGACGAUCUCUUCCCUGUUUUUCUGUACGUGGUGCUUCGGGCAAGGAUCAGGAAUCUGGGAUCGGAAGUUCAUCUUAUUGAGGAUCUGAUGGACCCUUCAGUUCAACGUGGAGAGCAGGGGAUUAUGUUCACUACACUGAAGGCCUGUUAUUAUCAAAUUCAGCAUGAGAAGCUAACAUAGAACAACAACCCUUUUCUCUCUCUCUGGCUGAUUGGAAUGGUAUUAUGCACAGUUAAGAGGGUGGGUCCUUGGAAAGGCUGACAUGGACGCAUAAAUUGUAAUGGAUGCAUUACCUCGUACAUGUACCUGCAAAGAUGCAUUUGCCCACUACCACAGCCUCUCUCCCACUUCACACUCAUUUCCCAUCCUCUCUGCCACCCAAAUCAUGCAUGCACACUGCUCGCCUUCUUCAUACUCCCAGCUAGCAAAUACCCGUUUUACAGACACCCCCGCCCCCAAGUGACCACAUGCCCUGCAGUGUUUUAAGUCUGAAUACUUGAAUUUGAAUUUAGGUUUUGUUUUACUUGAUACUUAAUGGAAUGAUAAAACAUAAAUUGUCACUGUAGGACAAAAAUUAUCAAUUGCAUCAGUGCGUAGAAUUGAAAUGCAUUACACUGGAUAGUUGAUGACAAGGUGUUUCAUGUCUGAGGGCUAGAUGCUUUUGGAAAUAGUACAUAACAUUAUUCCAGCAUUUGUGGGUCACUUUCUGCACUAAUUCACUGUUUCUAGCAUAGGAUACACUGUCACUACCCAGCCCUUGGGCUACAGUAUUUCUAGAGCACAAGCACAGUCCCUGCCUGGGUGGAGCGAUGUAAGAUGUGAUGUGAGGCAGUCGUAAAUUGGAGAUUUUUUAAAAAUCACAAUGUAACUCAAUGUACUUAAAACCCAUCAAAUAGCAUAUAUUUGGAGAGCUGUGCAAUCUUGGUCUUGCAUCAUAGGAAGCAUGAUAUGAUAACUGCGUGGGUUCUGCACUGAUUAAAUCAGAGUAGUCUCUGCUCUACGAGAAUUGCAACUGAUUUCAUUACAAUAGAGGUAACUGAUUGAACGAAUGGAACAAGGAUAAAGACAGGCCCAUUUCAAAUGAUUGUGGGUACCAAAAUGUGGCUCAAAGUCAUAGGGGUUUAGAGAUUAAAUUUUUUAAAAUAUAAAAAGCAAAAAGCUGGUGAGAUUUUAGGCAGGGAAUUCUAUAACUUUGGACUUUAUUAGCAAAAUAGGUGGGCUCCAUUUGGGAAGUCAUCUUAUUCAAGAUGGUUCAGAAGCAAUAAACAGUAGAUGAGAUACUUCAGAUCUACAAGAUAAUUGUAACAGAGAUAAAGACGUGUAAAACACAGGGGAUGGGGGAAGGAGGAAUUUGAGAGAAUCUAAAAAUCCAGAUGGUGAUUUACUGAGUGCUGAGUACCUAAGUGUUGUGUGGAAGAUUACAAUUUGGAAUGCAGACAGCAGACUUCUGGAUUUAUGUAUUUUUAAAGAGGUAGAAUGAAAAAGGCUAAUGAAAACUGUUUGAAUUGCUCGUCCUGGCGAUAACAAAGGGGCAGAUGAGAGUGGCAGGCGUUGGUGAGAUUGAAUGGAGCUGAGUGAAACAGUGUUGGGUAAGUGAAACUUAGUAGUCUAAACAAGGACCAAAAUCAAUAAUCAGAAUCUCCAGUUGGGCACCAGUUUAGAUGCUGUGAGGCAUCUGGAAUGUCCUGUUUCCGGAAGAUGGAGUCAGUGGCCAGGGAGGAGUUUCUGACAAAGACAAAACCUUUUGAACUUCCCAAUAUUUAGAUGGUAUUCUGAUCACCUAAUACUGGAUAUCUGACAAGUAUUCUGACAACUUAGGCCAUGAAAGCCAACUGUCAUUAACAUUGGUAGAAACGGACAUUGUUAGGAGACUGAGACUGCAUCUAGAUGUGAAGGAGGAGACUGACUUGGAGGCAGCAGAAAGAAAAUGGGCAGCACAGCAAUGUAACUCGUAAUAGUGCCUCACUGCACUGGAGACCUGGGUUCAAUUCCAAUCUUCGGUUCCUCGUCUUACCCUUGUUAGAGCUUUAACUUUUGGUAGUGUGGUCUAGUCUGAGAGUUAUAGACUUCAUAGCUGCCCACCAGAUGCGUGGUUGCCUUGAACAGGACCAGUGCAUUCUAUGCUUGUUGUCACCAUCCAGCAUUGCAAUUCUUUGAAACACUGUCAACUCAAGCUGCUUGAUCCAAUCAAUGACCAACCAAAAGUUGCCAGACACUGACUCCAUAACCAUAACAGGUAACUGGCCAUAUUUGAUGCCACUCACAACACAAUAGUUUAUCUGGAGAUGCCUUAUUUCAUUGGUGCCACACAAUUGUUCAAGGAAGAAGAUAUAUAAACAGUAUUGAAUCGAACACUGUGUAUCCUGUGCCAAUUUCAAUAAAUUAUUUUUGAU